AAGUUUUGCUGCUAGUAACAAAAAGUUGUCAUUGGGAAGAGCAGAGCACAUUUUCCUGGGAAGUGUGGACGCAAAGGCGAGCUCUCUCCGAUCCCAUGGCUGCUAGAAAGCGGUAAGCGAUAAAAGAGAGGAGGAAAAGGGGUGGAAGUAAAGCAGAGCAAUGGAGACAGAGAGGCUCCCCUCCCUGAUCUCCUCUCUGUGGGCUGUAGAUUCCCUGCGAGCUAGGUAGAGCCUAGCGGCUGGCGAGUGCUGCUCCACUCUCCACCCGGACCACUCCAGUGAGCGAGCAAAAGAGGAGCAACGCGGCAUUUCUUUUCUCUUUGCCCCCGCUUGCGCCUUUUCUCCUAGCGGUUGUUGCUUUCUUUCUUCGUCAGGUCCUCUCUGCACGCAAAGAAUCAAUCGUUGCUCCGUGGCUCUGUGCCGGUGCACUCUGCUUCUUGACCGGUAGUUCUUGCAUUCUUCCUCUCCCUCCCCUGCGAAGUGGAGUGAAGUGGCUCGGUAAAGUUAGGUGAAAUAGUUUGGCUUCUUUGGAGGAGGAGAAAAAGCAAAGCAGGCAGGAUGGCCGGAGGAGGGGCGGCGCCGCCGCCGAAGCAGGAGGAGAUGCACCCGCACCCGGUCAAGGACCAGCUACCCAGCGUCUCCUACUGCAUCACCAGCCCACCACCCUGGCCUGAGGCCAUUAUACUUGGGUUCCAGCACUUCAUCGUCAUGCUGGGCACAUCUGUCCUUAUACCCAGCGCUCUUGUUCCCCAGAUGGGAGGAGGAAAUGGUGAGAAGGCUCGGGUGAUUCAGACGCUGCUGUUCGUCGCCGGCAUCAACACCCUGUGCCAGUCAUUCUUCGGGACGCGUCUCCCCGCUGUCAUGGGUGGAUCCUACACCGUUGUUGCACCGACGAUUUCUAUCAUCUUGGCCAGCCGUUACAGCAAUGAAACAGAUCCUCAUCAGAAAUUCUUGCGGACCAUGCGAGGGACACAAGGCGCUUUCAUCAUUGCAUCCACGAUUCAGAUCAUACUUGGUUUCAGUGGCCUCUGGCGCAAUGUAGUUAGAUUGCUAAGUCCAUUGUCUGCUGCUCCUCUGAUAGCUCUUGCUGGAUUUGGGCUAUAUGAGCUUGGUUUUCCAGGGGUUGCCAAAUGUGUCGAAAUUGGGCUUCCAGAAAUCAUUCUACUACUCAUAUUUUCUCAGUAUUUACCUCAUGUUAUACAUGUGGCAAAACCUGUGUUCAACCAAUUUUCUGUGAUUUUCACCAUCGCUAUUGUGUGGCUGUAUGCAUACAUUCUCACUGUUAGUGGUGCAUACAACAAAGCCCCAAUGAAGACACAAGUCCAUUGUCGUGUUGACCGCUCUGGACUUAUAGGUGGAGCUUCCUGGAUAUCAGUCCCGUACCCUUUCCAAUGGGGCGCUCCCACAUUUGAUGCUGGUGAAUGUUUUGCAAUGAUGAUGGCAUCAUUUGUUGCUCUUGUUGAGUCAACUGGGACAUUCAUUGCUGUGUCAAGAUAUGCUAGCGCAACUAUGAUACCUCCCUCAAUUCUUGGUCGGGGCAUUGGUUGGCAGGGUAUCGGUACUUUACUGGGUGCAUUUUUUGGGACAGCCAAUGGGACUGCAGUGUCAGUUGAAAAUGCUGGUUUACUAGCUCUGACACAUGUUGGCAGCCGGAGAGUAGUGCAAAUAUCUGCUGGCUUCAUGAUUUUCUUCUCUGUUCUUGGGAAAUUUGGAGCCAUAUUUGCGUCAAUUCCACUGCCAAUAUUUGCUGCCCUUUACUGCAUUUUCUUUGCAUAUGUUGGUGCAUGCGGUCUGAGCUUCCUCCAGUUCUGCAACCUCAACAGCUUCAGGACCAAGUUCAUCGUGGGGUUCUCCAUCUUCAUGGGCCUAUCAGUUCCCCAGUACUUCAACGAGUACACGUCGGUCGCAGGUUACGGCCCGGUGCACACUGGCGCUAGAUGGUUCAACGACAUGGUAAACGUGCCGUUCUCGUCCAAGCCGUUCGUGGCGGUGCUGGUGGCCUACUUCCUGGACAACACGAUGCACAGGCGCGACAGCGCGGUGAGGAGGGACAGAGGGUACCACUGGUGGGACAAGUUCAGGAGCUUCAAGACGGACACCCGGAGCGAGGAGUUCUACUCCCUGCCCUUCAAUCUCAACAAGUUCUUCCCUUCCGUGUGAUGGUCUCUGCAGAAUGGAGAAGGUUCGUGUUAGCAGAAUGGACAAGUUGGCACGAUGUUUGUGUAAAUCCAAGGGUGGGUUGGACUAGCUGGAGGCUUGACAUGCAUUGUUGCGUUUUGGGUCAGCACAGGUGUAUGGGACUGCUGACUGUUUGCAACAUUCUCUGUCAGAAAAAUCAGUUUGUUCCUUUGCGUGAUUCUGCAGAAAAAUCAGUUUGUUUGCUGCGUAGCUCUUAAUUUUUCUGCAGAAUCACAAUGACAAAAUCAGUUCGUUCCUUUGCGUGAUAUUUUUCUGAUA